GUCUACCCUCCGAGAUCAUCCACGCUAUAAUCCUCCACAUUGUCGAUGGCCAGCCCCCCCAUGGUCAGCCACUAUCGAAUGCCGACAGACGUGCACUCUCACGAUGUAUUUCAAUAUGCAAAUACUGGGCUAUCCUCCUUAGACCUAUGCUCUUUUGACACCUUACCCUGCGCUCGCGAGGGGACGUCGACAUGCUUCUCACCCUCGCGGCAUCGCCCUCGCUAUUCGAUCCGGCCCUCGCCGAUUGCCUGCACUCGGUGAGUUUGGCAGUCAGGCUACCAACUGCCGACAGCCCAUGGUUAUAUCAUGCCCACGAGUUGAGGCAGCUAAGAAACGUUGUCACCAUACGACUAGCCUUGGCCCAGAACGGCACCUUAGAGCGCGCCUGCGCCAAUCCCGCAUACGCCAUUUUCUCCAGUUUUCCUCUAGUCGUGCCCGGAGUUUUUCUUCGGGUCACAGUGCUAUCAUUGGAGCGCAUGCGGUUUAGCAGCACCGCCGACAUUAGUCGCCUCAUCAACCAGCUGGGGACUGUGCAAUCUUGUAUCUUGCAAGAUGUGAUUUUCGAAAAGGUGGCGGCCCUAGCACCCCGAGCUCGGCUGCGGCCUACGGUAAUUAGGCACCGCUUUGAGGUUGCGCCAUCUGGUGCUACCCGUGGUGCUACCAUCACUCCAAUAUCCUUUUCAGUCCUCACUGCCAUACUAUGUCCUGCGCACCACUUAGACGCAUGGUCUAGCAUCGUUUCACUCCUACAGCACCUAUUCUCUCAAUAUACCUACGAAAUAAGACUAAUAUAUAUUCCAGAAGGAGGUACGUCCUUUAUAAUAACUCUUGAUAUCCUUGUGUUCGCUGUUAAUAACACUUCGUCAGACAAUGAUACCACCACAGAUCAACAAGCAAUGGGCACAUCCUUAGAGGCUGCGUUUGGCCCGACUUCAGCAGAUGAUUCAACGCUGAUCGUGUCUCUGUCGCUGUCUUUACCUGACGAAGUUAUCAGUGACUCCACGGGAAAAUUGGACUGGUCUGCACUUGAGGACGGUAUCCCGGGGUUGGAAACUAUCCCACACGUCACGGUACACACUCACAGAUCCGUUGCGCCCAAACACAUCCAACUUCUCGCUGCUCCUGGAAAGAUACGUCUUAGAAGGACGAGACCCACGACGACAUGUGAGCAAUAUAAUGUGGUAUUACAUCUGUUUUGUACUCUUUGUGCGAUUACUCACUCCGUAUGA